GUACCUGACAUCGCUGUCACAUACUAGAGUGGCUACUAGGCUGAUUAAUCCAGGCAUUGUCAUGUCACGCCCUUGAGCCUACAAGGGCUGUUUACACCGUUAACUCGAGAUCUCGAGAUCUUAGACGCCCACGGUGGGGUUUGCCCAAGGGUGGCUGACAUAGAGAUACUACUCGACUUGCGAAAACUUUGAACGAAAGGCUCUUUGGCAUCUUGCGAAGCGGGGUUAAUCACAGGGCGCCUCUGAUGCCCGCCCUUUAUGCCAUAGUCGGUCAUGAAGUGGCGCGGUGUUUUUAUUAUUUAAUGUUCAUCUUGGCGCACGCAUCUCUCUCCAGCAAACACCCAGACAGAGCAACAAGAUGGCGGAACAGGAAACCUCAACGUACAAGAUCCGCUAUGCCACCGAGCGCGACGUCCCGGUGAUCCUACACCUGAUCCGCGAGCUCGCCAUCUAUGAGAAAGCGCUUCACGAAGUCUUCGCCACGGAGCAAUCGCUGCGAGAGUCGCUUUCCUUCCCACUCGACCCCAAGGACCUCGACAAAGGCUUUACGGAGGGAUAUGCGAAGACGCUACUCAUCUGUCCGGUUCCUGGCUCGACCGCGUCAGGCGGGAGUGAGCAGCAUCACCCGGACAUCCACAAGGAUGGGGAAGAAGAGGUCGCUGGCAUGGCAUUGUACUUCCACAACUACUCGACCUGGCACGCCCGACCUGGCAUCUACCUGGAAGACCUGUUCGUGCAUCCAACCUACCGAGGCCGCGGGUACGGCACGGCGCUGAUCCGUGCCCUUGCUCGAGAGUGCCAAAGACUGAACUGCCGCCGGCUGGAGUGGUCCGUCUUGAAGUGGAAUACCCCAAGCAUCGACUUCUACCAAGGCGCGAGCGUAGGCGCUACGAGGAUGGAGGAGUGGGUGGGCAUGAGGGUUGAAGGGGAGCGAUUGGAGAGGCUGAGCAAGAUGGUGGAGGGCAAUUAAACGACUGGCAAUCGGAGGGAGGGAAAAGUUCGCUUUCUGGAAUUUGUUGUCUGUCUCUAGAACCAUUAGACCCUUGAGAGCGGCAUUUGUGGUAUAGAACGGCGCAGCGAACGAAAUGGUGUUGCGGAUGGUCAAGCAGGAUAUGGUUGGGGCGGUUGCCGUCAACGUCAAGUCUUUUUCAGUUCGUCUCAUCUCAUCUCAUCUCAUCUCAUUCGUCCCAUGUGAACACCUGAACGCCUACUCAACCUGAUUCCCGCAGAAGCAUCUAACUCCGAGUUCCAAC